CCGAGAUAUCUUUUUUUUUGUUUCUGCUGCUGCUUUUGGCUACUGUACGGUGCACUGGCACUAGCCCCGCCAGGAAACACCAUCGCCAUCAUCUUCCUUCGCCCUCAUUCAGCGCAUCUCAGACACUUGCCAGCAGCAGCGUUGCCCUCUUUCCUUCUGGUACCAGAUCUGUACUGUACAGUACAUACCUCGGCUCCCGAGUCUCCCGACUUUACUACAAUCACAUUCCUUACCUGCGGAGAACGCCUACUGUAAUCGCGAGCCGAACAAUCCAUCUAAUAUCAAGUCAGCCUUCCAACAACACACAUUUUCUGGAUACCCACAACGCCCCCUACCACAACAGAACACCACACAAUAGAGCUCCGACCAUGGAUUCUAUGCGGAGUCUCAAUACAUCAUUACCAAGAUCGACUCCUGCGCCCUCAAAACACCAGGAUCCGCCAGAGCCACUUCUGUCGGCUUUCAAAGCCGCCGCAUUAUCCGUGACAAACCUUUACAAGAGCGCCGCCGUCGACCAAGGUCGAGCACGAGCAGAAGGUUACCAAGAUGCUCUAUCUGAACUACUAUCAUUUCUCGACAAGGAGGAUAUUGGUUUAAGUGACGGCGAAGGCUGGAGAAUCCGGAGCUGGGCCACGGAGAGAUUGGAUGGGCGGGACUCGACCUCACAGAACAUGGAAAGUGAUGACGAGCUGUCGGAGAAGACAGAUCGUGGAUCAUCUCCGGUCCUUCAGCGGUCACAAAGCGCAACUCGGCUUUCCUCUACCCUACAUACCACGAGGACAGCAUCGCCGAUCCGAACAGAGUCUGCACCACCGCCGUCACUCAUACCUCCUACGACCUCUGACUACACCACGGAUUCAGUGCCUCAACAGGCCACGUUUACGUUUCGGUCUUCACAUCCAUAUCCACCAGACGCAGACAUAAUUCUGUCGGACCUUGAUUCAUCUGACCAUGCUCGACCGCCAACCCAAGACGCCACGCACUCUUCCAGUACAACAGGCAUCACGCUUUCCAGGGCCUCCCGGAGCAGGCAUAACAGCCAUCCCGCAAGAGUCAACACCAGAUCCGUGAAUACAAUAAGCAGAGGGGCAGGACAGAAACGAAAAAUUAAUUUUGGCGAUUUCUUCGACAUUGGGAACUUGGGGCACAAGGAUGGAUUUGGUGGGGGUGGCAAGCGAGGGCGUUAUGCAUGAGUUUUUCACGAUUCCUGUU